CCUAUUUUUUUUUUUUUUUCAUCAGUGGAACCACAUUUUGCCAGUCAUCAAGGCAGCACACAAUGGCUCUGAACAUCCCGGGGCUGGUAGUAAUGGUGGUCUUCUACCUGAUGGUGCUGGGCACUGGUCUGUGGGCCUCGAUGAAGUCCAAACGGGUGCAGAAAAGCAGCCAAGCAGCCCAGACAGAGGUCACUUUGCUGGGAAACAGAGGGAUCAGUAUGGUAGUAGGAGUCUUCACAAUGACCGCCACUUUCAUUGAUGGGGACACAUCUGUGCAAAUUAGUGUAAAAUAUGAUUCGCAUAAGACUAUGAAUGAAUCUUAAAGAGGAAGUCCACUGAUUUUCAGUAGUGGAUGUGAAGAAAUGUGUUCUACCUGUCGUUAAGGUGGACUUUUCUUUGCCAAACCAAUGAGAGAAAGAAAAUAUGUGACAAUGAUGGACCCGUUCCAGAUCAAGUAUGGAAAGUCAAUAAGUGGAGCUCUGUCCGUGGCUCUGUUAAUUUCUGAUCUAAUCUGGGUGACAGGAACUCUUAUCGGCUUAGGAGCAACAAUAAGCGUGGUCCUGGAUUUAUCCUACGCUGUUUCCAUUUGGAUCUCUGCUGCUGUAGCCAUCAUAUACACAUUAAUGGGAGGUCUCUACUCUGUAGCCUACACAGACAUAAUACAGCUAACACUCAUUUUCUUCAGUAUGUGUCAUUUGUUUAAGGCUUUAGGUAACCUUGGAUAUCAGGACUUCCACCAGAGGACUCUGUCAGCCUCCUCAUCAAAUACAGCCAGGAUCACUUGCUUUAUUGCAGCUCCACUUAUUUUUGUACUUGGAAUCCCAUCUGUGUUGAUUGGAGCAGUCGCAGCAUCAACAGAUUGGAACAUGACCUUAUAUGGCUCCCCAUCCCCCUUCGAGCGAGGAGACGCUGGUCAGGUUCUGCCAAUUGCUCUGCAGUACCUCACUCCAAACUACAUCUCCAUC